AUCGUCGUUAAAAGAAAUAACAUUUCAGGUAAUUUUCACAACGAAUGUUGCGGAGACGUCGAUCACAAUUCCGGGUGUCCGGUACAUCGUUGACUGUGGUUUGGCUAAAGUGGAAAAAUUUGAUGCUGUUCGACGAAUCAGUGUAGUGGAUUUGGAUUUGAUCUCCAAGGUUUCAGCCGAGCAGCGAGCUGGAAGAGCUGGAAGGACAGCACCAGGUCUGCUCUACAUUAUGAGAUUUUUUUUUCAGGUGAAAGAAUUUGACGCUGUUCGACGAAUCAGUGCAGUGGAUUUAGAUUUGAUCUCCAAGGUUUCAGCCGAACAGCGAGCUGGAAGAGCUGGAAGGACAGCACCAGGUCUGCUCUACAUUAUGAAUUAG